AUGAGGAACCAAUUGGAACAGAUAAGUAAAGCAUUAGCUGCCUGGCGUAUUCAAGCUCCACGGAACACUCUUCAAUCAGGUCAACAACUCGAGCAGGAUGAAGCACUAACAUCUCCAAAGGGUGCCUACCGUUUGGUACUGCAACCUGACGGAAAUCUCGUACUGUACGCUUCUGACAAUACCGUGCCAGUCAAUGCUCUCUGGACGUCUGGUUCGUUCAGAAGAGGUCCUCAUCGCUUUGUAGUACAGGCUGAUGGCAACUUGGUCAUCUACGAUGGCAACAACCAAGCUAGCUGGGCUUCAAACACACGUAGACAAAACGCUAAUCGUGGCCGUUUGGCAUUGCAGGAUGAUGGCAAUUUAGUUUUCUAUGAUAACAAUAAUCAACAAAUUUGGGCUACGAACACCUGUUGUUUUAUUGCCCCACGCCAAUAG